AUGGACGCUGAGGAUUACAAGGUAAAAGACAUUACAUAAGCCGAUUUUGGAAGAAAGGAAAUUAACUUGGCUGAAGUAGAAAUGCCAGGUUUGAUGUCUGCUAGAGAGGAAUAUGGACCAUAAUAAAUUUUGAAGGGAGCUCGUAUCUCUGGAUCAUUACACAUGACCAUCUAAACUGCUGUUUUAAUUGAAACACUCUAAGCUUUGGGAGCCUAAGUCAGAUGGUGUUCUUGCAACAUCUUCUCUACUUAAGAUCACGCUGCUGCUGCUAUUGCUUAAGCCAAGUCCGCAGCUGUGUUUGCUUGGAAAGGUGAAACCUUAUUAGAAUAUUGGGAAUGCACAGUCAGAGCCUUGGAUUGGGGAAAUGGUCAAGGACCCACUUUGAUUGUUGAUGAUGGUGGUGACAUGACAAUGAUGCUAUUGGAAGGUGUCAAAUGGGAAAAGAAAUACGAAGCUAAUGGUGAAUUACCAGAACCAGCAAGAGCUGAAUCUGAAGAUGAAUAAGCAUUUUUGACAGUCUUGAGAAGAGAAAUCUAAUAAACACCAAACAAAUUCAGAAACUAUGUUGCUCAAGUCAAGGGAGUUUCAGAAGAAACAACCACUGGAGUUCAUAGAUUAAAGUAAAUUGCUGCCAAAGGAGAAUUAUUAUUCCCAGCCAUUAACGUUAAUGAUUCAGUUACCAAAUCUAAAUUUGAUAACAUCUAUGGAUGCAGACACUCAGUUAUUGAUGGUAUUUUCAGAGCCACCGAUGUCAUGUUGUCAGGAAAGAAAGCAUUAGUUUGUGGAUAUGGAGAUGUCGGAAAAGGAUGUGCUUAAGCUUUGAAGGGAUAAGGUUGCAGAGUUUAUAUCACAGAAGUUGAUCCAAUCUGUGCUCUCCAAGGAUGCAUGGAAGGAUAUGAAGUCGUUAGACUUGAAAAAGUUAUUAAAGACAUUGAUAUCUUCAUAACAGCUACUGGAAAUAAGGAUAUUAUCACAGCUCAACACAUGUCUUAAAUGAAACACAAUGCUAUUGUUGGUAACAUCGGACACUUUGAUAACGAAAUUGACAUCAAAGGUUUGAAAUAAUGGGAAGGAAUUAAGAGAGUCCAAAUCAAACCAUAAUGUGAUUAAUGGAUUUUCCCUGAUGGACAUGGAAUUAUCAUGUUGGCUGAAGGCAGAUUACUUAACUUAGGUUGUGCCACAGGACAUCCAUCAUUUGUUAUGUCUAACUCAUUCACAAACCAAACCUUGGCUCAAAUUGAAUUGUGGGUUAACAGAGACAAUGGAAAAUAUGGAAAUCAAGUUUACAAAUUACCAAGAGAACUUGACGAGAAGGUUGCAGUCCUCCAUCUUAAGAAAUUAGGUGCUGAACUUACCGUCUUGACUAAUGACCAAGCCACAUACAUUGGUGUCAGCUAAAAUGGUCCAUUCAAACAUGAAGAUUACAAAUAUUGAUCUAUUGUAUAAAAUAAAUAAACAAACACACCAUCCAAAUCAUA